AUGGGAACGCGCGCGCGCGAUGGCGCGUUCGCGGCGUACAGGUUCGGUGACGUCGGGACGAGCGUCGACUGCGAACUCGCGAGCGAAAACACGGGGACGUGGCGACGCCCGGUGGACGGUCGACGCGGUCGCUCGAGCGAUGGAUGGCGAGCGGACGACGACGGGGGGGGGCAAGCGAAGGAGCGACGAUGGCGACGACGACCGAGUGGUGCGCUCGAGGGGAUCCGGGCGUGGGGGCGAGCGAACGAUCGCGCGGUGUGGUUGGCGCUCACCGCGUGCGUCGUCGCGGGUCGAUGGGCGAUCGCGGGCGGACGCGGACGGGGAGGGACGGCGCCGGGCGCGGUGGGCGUGACGCCGGUGAUGCGAAGGAGCGUGCUGGAACGGGCGAUACCGAGCGUGAUGGGGAUGGAGGAGGUGGAGGAGUUGAUCAUCGUUCCGGGAAGCGCGGUGUACUCGGGGAGGGAUUUCUCAGCCGCCAAGGAGGAGACGAGUUGGGCGCUCGGGGCGUAUCAGCUCGUCCAGGGCGAGGCGCGGACGUUCUUAGAACACAUGGAGAUCGGCGUGAAGGCGGCGGCGAAGAAUCAGCGGUCGAUGUUAAUUUUUAGUGGUGGGAAGACGAGUCGAGAGGCUGGGUCUCUGAGCGAGGCGGCGUCGUACUGGCAAGUGGCCCGAGCGUUCGAGUGGUUUGGAGCCGAUGCGAGCGUCGAGCGCAGAACGUUCACGGAAGAGUACGCGCGAGAUAGCUUGGAGAAUCUUCUCUUCAGCAUGUGUCGUUUCUUCGAGAUCUCGAGACAGUUCCCGAAGAAGAUCACGGUGGUGGGGUAUCAGGUGAAGAGCGAGCGAUUCUCGCAGCACCUCCAAGCUCUGGGAUUUCCAUCCGGAAACUUCUCGUACAUAGGCACGACGGCGGUUAAUGAAGCGGAGAUGAAGGCGGGUGAGGUAAGACUCAGAGCCGCGUACGCUCAGGAUCCGUACGGGUGUCGUGGAGACCUAGCUGCAAAGCGUCUCCAGCGCGAUCCAUUCAACGUCGGCGCUCCGUACAGCACGCAAGUCAAGGUAUUGAGCGCGCUUUGGCUGCACAUAAACACGUGCUCCCAGCGCUUGUUCAAAGAUAAAUUACCCUGGUCCCCUGGGGUCAUUUUGAGGUAG